CCGCGCUCGCGCCAUCGCGUCACUCUCACAUCUUGAAAAUUAGUACGACAGUGCAGUGAACCCCGACGGUAAAUUCGUGAUUUUCAGUAAAAUUUCAAAUUAAAAGUAUUAGGUCACUGCGUCGAUGCGAUCCUGUAUUAGAGUGUUUGACAAGAAGAUGUCUGCGUUGAGUGUAAGGGCUCCCGGCCUACAAGCCACUAUGUUGAACACUAGGUCACUGCGAGUGCAAGGAGAAACUACGAUAGAUACGGUGCGAAGAAAUCUAUUCGGAUGCACAGAUAAAGAGGAAAACAGACGUUUCGUUGAGAGGGAGCUGGCUCGGCAAUUGGAUUUGGAUAGUCAGCGUUGGGGCUUCGAUUUCGCGAAUGAGAAACCUCUAGCGGGUGACCAGAGAUUCGCCUGGCAGCUUGUGCCGGCCGCUACGAUACCUGCUGCUCUACGCCGGUCACCUAUCACCAUAACGCAACAGGCGACGAAACCAGUGAAAGAAGCGAAAGUCUCCAGUCCAAACAACAAUAAAACGCAAAAACCACAAAGGAGAAUGACAGAUUUCUUGAGAGUGCACAAGCGGCCAUCCAGCAACGGUGCGAAAUCACCGGCGCACAAACACAAGCAAGAGUUGCGCGGCGUUCACAUCCGCCCGCCCAAAGUCGCAAGGCUGGUGCAGACGCACCUCAAACGCAGUUAGGGCAUCCCCCUCCCCGCUAAUUGAACAAGGUGUCAUUUCACUUGUAAUGCCUAGGUCCAAAUAGAAUUUAAUAGUGCAGUGCCGGAAGGAGCUUCUGCCGCGUAUCACGGCGGCUGACACUUCG